UGUUAUUAUGUGUGUUACAUGGAGAAGAAGACGCUGUGGUGCUCCUACUGGGUCGGCCUGGGCAUCCUCUCUUCGGUGGGUCUUGGCACUGGCCUGCACACCUUCCUCCUCUACCUGGGACCACACGUAGCAUCUGUGACCCUGGCGGCACAUGAAUGCGGCGCAGUGGAUUUCCCCGAGCCACCCUAUCCAGACCAAAUAGUCUGUCCCCAGCACGAAGCACCAGCACUAGGCUCUGAGUCUGACCAGGUGGGCGUGGAGGCGGCAGGGGUGGGGUCAGCAGUGCUCCAGGGAAGCAUCUCCAUCUGGACCAUCAUUUCCAAAGUCCGCCUGGAAGCUUGUAUGUGGGGCGCGGGUACCGCUAUAGGAGAGCUUCCUCCCUACUUCAUGGCCCGGGCUGCGCGGCUCUCCGGUGCUGACCCCGAUGACGAGGAUUACCAGAGGUUUGAGGAGAUGCUGGACCAGACCCAGCCUGCACAGGACAUUGCCACCAGAGCAAAAGUAGCAGUGCAGAAACUCAUCCAGAGGGUCGGAUUCUUUGGGAUUUUAGCCUGUGCUUCUAUACCAAAUCCCUUGUUUGACUUGGCGGGAAUAACAUGUGGACAUUUUCUGGUCCCCUUCUGGACAUUUUUCGGUGCAACGCUCAUUGGAAAAGCAGUUAUCAAAAUGCACAUUCAGAAACUGUUUGUGAUCAUCACCUUCAGCAGGCACAUAGUGGAGCGGAUGGUCUCUCUCAUUGGGUGAGUAGGGC